GCACGAGAUCAGGAGAUAAAGACGGAGAAAAAGAUUGAAGAGAAGCUUGCCGCACAGCAGGCUCAGCGGAAGAAGCGAGAGGAGGAGAAGCAAAAGAAGCAGCAGAAGAAAGACGCGGAGCAGAAGGCGAAGCAGGAGAAGGCAGCGCAGGCGGUCGCCAACGACGGCGACACCAAGCCUGAUGGAUCAGACGCGGCUGCUGGCAACCGUCGCCGGCGAAAACGGCGCACCGGGGAUGAUAUGCAGGCAACUGAUCCCCUCGUCUUGCGUGAAAGCUGCAACUUUGAUGCCGCAAUGUAUGACUUCGACAAGUGCGCCGAUGUGAACGAGUUUGCCAAGGCUGUGGCUACGGCUCCACUUGUGCCACACAUUUGCCGCUUGAAGAGAGGCAUGCUGAAGAAAGUACUUCAG